AUGAUUGAUAGGACAUGUGCUCACUGGAUACCAACAUAUGCAUGUGGUGAUGGACACUGCGCGUGUACCACAACAUGUGCGGACUGCAAAGGGAAGAAAUUGACCUUUAUACCAAGAAUUGAUGCGGGUAUAACAUCACUAGAUAUCUCAAGAAAUGUCUUCACAGCCUUAUCACAUGCUUCAUUUGUUAAUGUAACAACGCGGAAUAUAAUAAUCUUGAAGAUCCGUGACUGUAAAAUCCAACAUCUGGCAGCGGACACAUUCGAAGGAUUCACAAAUCUCACAAAACUGUGGAUGGAUGACAACCCAGUUUCUAUUAUCUCUUUGAUUCCUGCUUUGACUACUUCAGAGUUCCCGCGUAUAUCUUUAUUAAAUGCGAGCCGUCUGAAUAUCACUGACAUGAUAUUCAUCCAUUAUAUGAAGGCAGAUCGAUUAGAGCAUAUUUAUCUUCGUCAUAACAAAAUUAGUGUUUACAACCACUCUGUAUUUUCGAACAAAAGACAUAUAGCAACAGUGUACGUUAAAUAUAAUCGCAUUAGUCAACUUACAUUUGUUACGUCCAUGUCAUUUCAAAGGUUUCGUAUCUCCGAAAAUAUGAUUACAGCAUGCCCUACAUUUUGUGAAAACGACGGUGAUACUCCAAUCUUUCCAAACUUAAGGUAUUUGGAUCUUGGUUACAACAAUUUGCAUGAUAUCAGUUAUCUUUUCAAAUGUCUGCCCAAAUUGGAAACACUUUAUCUAAAUGGAAAUCCGAUAGUACAUGUGUUCAGCAAUACUUUUGUUAAACUCCCUAAUUUAACUAUACUCUCGAUGAGAUCUCUGCCAUCGAAACCAGACAUUGAAUCCUAUGCGUUCAAUAACAGUCAUCUGAGAGAAUUAUAUCUCACUAACAGUCAUUUAUCUUUUGAUACACAUGUCCAUGAAGAUGCUUUAAGGGGCAUAAACCUACAUAUCCUUGAUGUAACGGCAAACAGAUUUAGGGAUGUGACAGAAGAUCAAAUGCUAAAUUUCUUUGGACACUUAAAAUACGUACAGAAUUUUGGUAUGGGUUCUUGUCAACUUCAAAACAUUCCUCGGUUCCUUUAUAGACUGAAAUAUUUGGAGAGUAUUUCUUUGUACAGUAAUAUAAUUUCAAACAUUCCAGAAGGUAGAUUUUCCAAUCUGACCCACCUGAAAAAAUUAUGGCUGGACCAAAAUAAGAUAGCUUCUAUCACUGAACAUGCCAUACCAAGAAACAUACGAGAACAAUUAUCUAUCAUUAAUCUAGCAGACAAUCCUUUCACCUGUGAUUGUAAUCUGAGGUGGUUUAUCGACUGGGUACAAAGAAACAGCUCCUUAUUUAAGCAGUACCCAAGACGAUAUGUAUGCAGCAGCCCUAACACUAAGAGACACAUAAUGCUAAAGGAUAUUCAUUUCAGUCCGAAUGCUUGUUACCUUAUGUUAAAUACUACCAUAACUGUGUUAGUAACCCUCUCAGUAAUCAUAUUUGUUGUAUGCUUAAUAUCCUUCCUGUAUAAGCUUCGGUGGCGUAUUCGUCAUCUAAUUUACAUGAAAUACUACCGCUCAAAACGACAAAGGAAUCCAGCAAAUAUCCAAGACUAUACAUUCGAUGCCUACGUAAUUCUCAGUGAUGAGGAUGAAGACUGGGUGGUGGACGAAAUGAUCCCCAAACUGGAGGAACAGCAUCAGCUGAAGCUGUGUAUUCCCUACAGAAAUUUCUGUUCAGGCUACAUCCUUGACAACAUCGACUCAGCCAUACAGACAAGCCGCCACAUCAUCGUCGUCCUGUCCCCCUCCUUUGCUGAUAGCGACUGGUGCCAAGCAAGUUUGACGAUGGCUCAGACCUUCGUCCUGGAUACUAGAGCUAACCCUCUCAUUACAGUGCUACUGGGAGAGCCAGACGCCCGUAAUUUGAGUCACUCCCUACACAAGCUACACCGCGACACGGCCCACAUCACAUGGGGGGAGGAGGACGAUGCAAGAGAGACAUUUUGGGGACGACUCGUGGCAGUUCUCAAAAUUAAUGAGAAUCAGUGCGCAUGCGUUCCGUUGAGGGGUUUGAGGCUUCACUCGACGAAAUAUAAAUCGUAUUCGACAAAAAGCAUGAAGUAGCCACUAUAUAUACAUCGCAUAAUAUCUAUAUUACUUCUUACAUUGUCGCAUUAGUUUCAUGAUCUUAUGUCAAUCUCUUUUCCUUAU